AUGAGUAAAUGGAACGUCAAAUUCCCGAUGUUUGUGGAACAAUCACGAGAUCUGACUUAUAUGGGCAUGAUAUCACAAGGAAAAAAGGUGCAAGAAAAGAUAAAAGAUGUAUUAUCUUUUGUCCAUUUAAGAACACUAGUUAUUGUGCGACCCACCCAUAACUUAUUAACCACAACUCCUUCACAUACGAAGAAAUUUUUGGUAUUUGGAACACAAACCAAAACCACGCAAACAAUAUGA